AUGGUUGCGACCGAGGAUAACAUCGAGCUCUGUACUUUGCGCGACGAGCUAGCCGCAGUCGCCGCGACGAUUACCAGCGUUCAGCGCAGGUUCGUUGCCGCGAUAGCCCGAUCUGAGCAGCGGAUGAAGGAGCUGGAGGGCCAGGUGAACCGGCUGCAGGCUGAGAAAGCGGCAGCAUCUCGGAAGAUACGGAAUUUGCACGUCGAAAACGCACAACUUCGCGAAGAGCUCGAAAGCAAGAAGGAAGGCGUCGCCAAGGCCGUCCCUACACGCGUCGCUACCCCACGCAAGCUGUAUCGCGCAAAGAAAGCCGUCCAAGACCCGGACGAACACAAGGUAAGACGAGAGCUUCGAUGUGUUACAGCAGGAUUGACCGGCACCUCAAAGAGCGCAUUUUCUUCAAGUGCCCCUACGCAAACGGCCAAGAAAAGCCAAGACGCAGAAGAUACGGACAGUUCGGACGACGAUGAGUUUGCUGAAGCUUCAGCUUCUUUUCCGGAUGACAUACAACCAGAGAGCCAGAGUGCAAUGAAGCCUAGGAAAAGUGCUCCAAACACCAGCGAAACCGUUCCCCAUGUGACAUCCAGACGAGUCUCCGAGGACCCCAAAUCAAAGCAGGCGCAAGUCAUCGUAGAAGCCAGGACAUCUAGAAGAGGCGCUCCUGCGCACUCUGAGCAGUCCAAGAGCAAGGCGAAGCCCCAAAAAACAAAGGAGCUGCAGAUAAACUUCUCGUAUCUUGAAUAUUCACGACCACCCGCGACGGCUGCCAUAACGGCUGGACCGUAUACCUACCGGAUGUUGCAGGAGCGACUAGGGCUUGAUGAUGAUACAAUGAUAGGCAUCGAGAACCUGGAAUGGAUGCGCGAUCCGUGCAUGCGAAUCCACAUCCACGACGAUAUGAUGUUCGUGCUGCAGCCUCUCGUGUACGAAGGGCCAUCAAGCUACCUCAUCAGCUGGAGCGAGGAGAUCGUAAACCAGAACAUGAAGGAAUACAUCGUGCAGGGUGAUCGGCGACCAGUAGAUUCGGUGUUCCACAUGUUCGCGAACCCUUGUGCGACGGACGCUUGGUUUUACCUUGGAGCACACAAACUGACUGUCAGAGAGUUGAGGUCGGUGUGGCACAAGACGCUGCGGGGUCAGGUGGGUAGUCCUUCGAGCUCUUGCGCGGAUCUCGUUAAGUGUGAUCCGACACAGGAUAAGCACAAACUUGCUGCGGAGCUGGAGAAGAGAUGGAGAUAUAGCCCGCUGGAUAGGCGAGACAUCGCAGGAAGAGUGGAGCAAGGAGAGCUGGAGCAGUUCUGCAUUGAGCUCGAUAGCACCGGCCAGCUAGCGAAGUCGAUCGAUUUCGUGAAGACGUUGGGAGGGGAGUACAGAUUGAAGGACGGAGAUGGUAAAGCUGCUGCAUAA